AUGUCUUCUUAUUCCUCUCAAACUUCGGCAGAACAGGUAGCACAGGAUUGCCAGAAUGCCAUUGCCAACAAGACUGUGCUCGUGACUGGCGUUAGCCCAGGUGGUCUUGGUGCCGAGUUUGCAAAGGUCAUUGCCAUUCACGGCCCUUCCCUCCUUAUUCUUGCUAGCCGCGAUAUUGCCAAAGCUCAGCAGACAGCCCAGGAGAUUGCAGACAUUGCGCCAGGAGUACCCACCCGUCUCCUUGAACUAGAUCUGCGCUCUCAAGCCCAAGUCCGAAUCGCCGCUAAGGAAGUUCUGACAUACAAGGAGGAUAUAGAUGUCUUGGUCAACAACGCUGGUGUCAUGGCAUCACCGUUCUCGCUAACGGAUGAUGGGAUCGAGAGUCAAUUUGCCACCAAUCACGUCGGGCAUUUUCUGUUCACCAAUCUAAUCAUGAAAAAGCUAGUGAUCCCUGGAAAGUCUUGCCGGAUUGUGAACGUGUCUAGCAAUGGCCACCUGUUGAGCCCAGUCAGAUUUCAUGAUUGGAAUUUCGACGAAGGAAGAAACUAUGACCCCUGGCUGGCCUACGGCCAAAGCAAGUCAGCCAAUAUGCUCUUCUCUGUCUCUCUGGCGCAGAAGCUGGGGAGUAAAGGUCUUGUUUCCGUCAGCUUACACCCUGGAACAAUCAACACUAAUCUGGCUCGAGGAGACUGGAAUGAGAUGUUUGAAUCACUCGCGAAAUGGUUCACAGUGCUCGGGUACUUCCGGGGUGGGCAAAGAGAGAUAACCUGGAAGUCUAUGUCGCAAGGUGUGGCGACGCAUGUAUUUGCCGCAUUUCAUCCAUCUAUCUCCGCCAAGAAUAAUGGUAGUUUUGUUCAGGACUGUGCAGUAGUCAAGCCGGAGGAGGUCCGCAGCUGGGCCCGGGAUCUGAUCGAGGCAGAACGACUGUGGAAGCUGACUGAAGAUAUUGUUGGCGAAGCUUUUGAGUAUUGA